GCAGUCUGGGACCGUGAGAGUCUGGGACUUAGUAAGGAGGACCAUCACCGAAAAGCCCUGACGACCAAGGAUCUUACGAAGCCCUGGGCAUUGCUUCCAUUAGCUGGGUUGGCUUCCUCGAUUGCACACUCUGCCUUGACCACCCUCCUCCUCGACGACUCCCCUCACAAGGCCCGUCUUCAGCCAUACAAUCACGUCUGUAUGCCCGAGUAUACCUCCUCAUUUAGGGCAAAAGACCUUCAAUGUCGAGAAGUUCCGCCUGCAGAAAGA